ACCACCACCAUCCUCCAUCAGCCUGCCUCACGACGUCCGCACCAUGUCGCCGUCCGCAGCCCCCUCCACCUCGGCAGAGGCGACCCUCGCCUUCGACGUCGCCGCGUUCCAGGACGAGCUCGCCGGGCUCGCAUCCAAGCACCAGCUUGCCUCCACCUUCGACGCCGGCCUGGCCGCCGCGCUCGACAGCAGCGACGCACUCAGCCCGAUGCGUCAGCAGUACAUCCUGCCCUCGAUGUCCGACGCCGGCGUCGCAGAGGCCAGCUCAUCGGAGCCCGCACUGUACCUGUGUGGCAACUCUCUGGGCCCGCUCUCCCGGCGCGGCCAGCAGAUCGUCACCGAGGAGCUAGGCGCUUGGGGUCAGAAGGGAGUGCUCGGCCACUGGGACCACCCGCGUGGCCGGCCCUGGACGAAGCAGGAGGAGCGUGUGGGCCGCCUGAUGAGCGACGUGGUCGGCGCGAAGCCGUCCGAAGUGACAGCCAUGGCGACCCUGACUGGCAACUUGCACACGAUGCUGAGCACCUUCUACCGCCCCGCCAAGCCCUUGCAAGGCGGCCAGCCGCGCCACAAGAUCAUCUACGAGGCGCGCGCAUUCCCGUCUGACCAGUACGCGCUGGCAAGCGCCGUAGCGCUGGCAGGCUUCGAUCCACGCGACGCUCUCGUUCCGCUGCACCCGCGCUCCGGCGAGUCGACACUGCGCACCGAGGACGUGCUGGCGGCCAUGGAGGCAGAGAAGGAGGCUGUGCUCGUCAUGAUGGGCGGCAUCCAGUACUUCACCGGCCAGCUCUUCGACAUCUCCACGAUUACGAGACGCGGCCAUGAACUGGGUCUCAUGGUCGGCUGGGACCUCGCCCACGCCUUCGCCAACGUCCCGCUGGCGCUGCACGACUGGGACGUCGACUUUGCCGUCUGGUGCACGUACAAGUACGGCUCCUCGGGCCCAGGCGGCAUCGCCGGCGUCUUUGUGCACGAGCGCUGGGGCAGCAUGGGCAUGAAGACCUCCAUCGGCAAGGCCGGCGAGUCGGCCGCAGCGGGCGCGCAGGGACUGCUCAGACCUGCCGGAUGGUGGGGCCACAAGAAGUCCACGCGCUUUACCAUGCCCGACUCGUUCGACGCGAUGGACGGCGCAGCCGGCUGGCAGACGUCGAACCCCUCGAUGCUGGACAUCGCCUCGCUGCUCGGCUCGCUCGAGACGCUGGCACAGGCGCCCGGCAUGCUGAAGAGCGAGCUCGCGGACCUCGACAUUGGCUCGGAGGAGCACGGAGCAGCCGUCGAGGCGCGCACCGGACAGGUGGGCAUGGGCCUCAUCAUGCCUGCGCUGCGCACGAAGAGCGUGCGUCUCACCGCCUAUCUCGAGCAUCUCCUCACGCGCCCGGACUUCCUUCCCGGAUCGAACGCAGACGCCAUCGAGGUCCUGACGCCGCGCGAGCCGUCUGCUCGCGGCUCGCAGCUCUCGAUUCGCAUCACCGACCGCCGCGGCGCGGCCGAAGCCGAAGCCCAGGCUAAGGCGCAGGCAGAGGCCAGCGCUGGCCUGGCGACGGGCGAGGUCCCGCCUCCGAUCGCCACCACGACGCUCGUGGCGCGUGCUCACAAGCGAGCGCAGCAAGAGGCGGGCCUGAUCGCCGACGUCCGCAACCCCGACGUGAUGCGUCUGGCGCCCCUCGCGCAGUUCUCCACCUUUGCCGACGUGCACGCCGCCGCCGAGGGCCUGCGCAAGGCUCUCCUCGCCGAGCUGUAGCGCGCUUACACACACAUCGCACGUCACGCCGUCACAUUCACGCGCAUCAUUUGCUAGAGUUGCUCGUCACCAAUACAUCUGCUGUGCGAUCGCUGAGGAA